AGCUGGGACACAGGGGGAUCUGGGCUCCGGGUGUGACGCCAGAGGAAAGGACUCAGGGUCCAGGUGGGACACGGGGAUGGGGUCACACAGACCCGGGGCAGGACACGGCGGGUAUCCAGAGUGCCGGGGGUCCCAGGUUCGUGCAGGACCGCGUGGAGCGCUGCGGGGACCCCCAGGCCGUGGCCCUGAGCGUGGCCGAGCUGGGUGAGCCCCAGCCCAGCAGCCCUGAUACCAAACGCCUCAGCGAGUGCCUGCGGCGCAUCGGCGACGAGCUCGACAGCAACAUGGAGCUGCAGAGGAUGAUCGAGCAGGUGGGGUGUGACGCCCCCAAAAAGCUGUUUUUCCGCGUGGCCAAGGAGAUGUUUGCCGAUGGCACCUUCAACUGGGGCCGCGUGGUUGCCCUGUUCUACUUUGCCUGCAAACUGGUGCUGAAGGCUCUCUGCACCAAGGUCCCAGAGCUGGUCCAGACCAUCCUGCGUUGGACCAUGGAGUAUCUCCAGGAGCACGUACUGGCCUGGAUCCAGGCCCAGGGCGGAUGGGAAGGGCUCUUGUCCCACUUUGGGACCCCCACCUGGCAGACCAUCACCAUCUUUGCCGCUGGCGUCCUCACGGCCUCACUGACCAUCUGGAAGAUGUCGUAGACUCUCGGGGGGGGCCACAUUUUGUCCCCCUGGGACCCCUCCCCGGACUGACCCUGCCGGCAGGGAUGGUGCUGACCCCCAGCACCUUCCAGGGCUGGGGGGGUUUUUAACCAACAGGACUUGCUUACCCGGAUUUUGGGGUGGUGGUUGAGCUGGGGGGGACCCUCCCCUUCCUUCCCCAGCCCCCCCCCAGCCCUUCCCACAAGUGUCCGGAGGCCACAGCUGGGAUUUGGGGGGGAGUUGGGGGUGAAUGGGGUGGGGACACCCCCCCUUCCCCUGCUGUGCCCCCCAGUCCCGGUGCUGGGCCUCCCUGGCCUCAAUUUGACCCCAGGACUUGUGGUGCUUUGAGGGGGGGGGUGGGUCUUGCGGUUCCACCCCCCAAUAUGGGGGUGGGUGGGGUGUCUCUGUGACCCCUCCAGAAUGAGUUGGGGGGGUGGGGGGGAGGGUUACAGCCAUGGCUGUAGGGUGAGUAUUUAUUGGGGGUCCACACCCCCCAAAAAGGGCCCCCCCAGGUGCAAUACCCCCCCUCCCGGGGCGGAGGCUCUCAGGGUGGGAGGGGCCACACCCCCCGUUUACCAUCUGGAAGAUGUCGUAGACUCUUGGGGGGGGCCCCCUGGGACCCCUCCCCGGACUGGCCCUGCCGGCAGGGAUGGUGCUGACCCCCAGCACCUUCCAGGGCUGGGGGGAUUUUUAACGAACAGGACUUGCUUACCCGGAUUUUGGGGUGGUGGUUGAGCUGGGGGGGACCCUCCCCUUCCUCCCCCAGGCCUCAACCCCUGCUCUUUUGGAGGUCCCCCGUGUCCCCGAGGCGGGGGGACAGGAGGGGGGGCAAAGCGACCCCUUCUCCCAACCCCCGCGGUGCUCUCGGGGGUGACGUCACGGGGAACCACUCCUCCCAAAAAAAAGGGUGGGCCCUGCCUUCUACCCCCCCCUCCCCCUCCCCGAUUGCUUCUCUCCACAGUUGUUUUUUCUUCUCUUUUUUUUGUACCUUGGUUUUUGUAUCGGGAAUUUCGAUGGAAGUAAAAGGCAAACGCGA